CUGUUGUUCUCAGACACCCGCCGGUGGUGGUAAUCAUCCUCCUCGGCUGAGAAGACUUGGACCGAUCCAAACUCAAUAAAAUGAUCCUGGUAACCUAUCUGGGUCACCAGAACUGGAGGAGAAAAAUCUGCCGCUUUAACAUCGGAGCUUCUGGAGAUCACGUGUGUCAUCGUGGGCGAUGGCUCUAAUUGAAGGCGUCGGCGAUGAGGUGACGCUGCUCUUUGGCUCACUGCUGGUGCUGUUGGUGCUGCUGCUGGCCUGGAUCUCCACCCGCACCUCUGAGCCCCCAGAGCACCUGUUCAAUGCCUCUACAGACCCCACCCCCACAGAAAGGACCGCCUCUGCCCAACAGGACACGCCCCUGUCCUCCACCAGCAGCACCUCUUUGUCCUUUUCUCAGUCAUCAUCCUCAUCUUCAGCUGCCAGCUCUGUGAAUGACAGCGCCCCGUCAGAGGCUCCACCCACAUCCUCUGCCACACAGGAAAGUAAUGAUGUGGGGGGAGGAGACGGCGUCAGACACAGAGCAGGGGGGGAGCCAUUAUCAUCCCAAAGAAACAUGGUGGUCAGACUAAAAUUUCUGAACGACACAGAGAGAACGGCGCAAGUCAAACCGCAGGACACCAUCGGCUACAUCAAACGGACCUACUUUGCAGGUCAGGAGCAGCAGGUCCGGCUCAUCUACCAGGGCCAGCUGCUGCAGGAUGACGCUCAGACCCUGGCCUCUCUCAACCUGGCUCAUAACUGCGUCCUGCACUGCCACAUCUCUCAGCACGCCGCACGGGGAGCAGCGGGAGGAGUGCGGCCUGGAGACCAGGUUCAGGUGGCACUCAACGUGGGCAGCCUGAUGGUGCCGCUGCUGGUCCUGAUGCUGUCCGUGCUGUGGUACUGUCAGAUCCAGUACCGGCAGUUUUUCACCGCCCCCGCCACUGCCUCACUGGUUGGAGUCACCAUCUUCUUCAGCCUGGUGGCCUUUGGGGUCUACCGCCGCUAGCUGCUCUCCAAUUGGCUGCUGAUGUAGACAGAUGCUGAUGGUAGUUAAUGUUUUUAUUCUGUUGCCAUGGAGAUGCUGUGUUCAAACAAAGACUGUGAUUUUAUUUUUUAGGUUGCGUUGCUCUUUAGUUCUUCAUCAUUGUGCCUCUCUGAGCUCACAGCAGCAGACUCGACACCCGUCUGUCCGUCUGACUCCUGUCCGCCUGUCCGUCUACCUGCGUGAGGGGAGAACGUUCGUCUGGAUUAUUGCUUUUCAAGAAAAUUAAAGAAUUAAUUUAUGCUGU